GCCGGUGAGAAAGUUAAACACGUUCAGGAGGCGGAAGAGCGGAGCUGUGGUCGGUCCCGUAUCUUGAGGAAUUUUGAUUCGUCUGGACUUCUGGGAAGUUCGGGAGAGACGGCAGAGACAGUCACGUGGGCUUCUCCCCAAACGCGAGGUCACCCGGUAACUUAAGGCGAAGCGCCGCUGUCCGUCCGAGCUUUUUUACCACCGGAGGCUCCGUCAUCAUGUUCAGUCUGUGCCUCGUGCUCGUGCUGGCGGCCUCAGUCCUUUCUGAGUCGCAGGUCAGGGAGACGGAGACGUGGAUGCCCAUGAAGUCAACAGCAACGGUUGCCAUGUCGAUACACCUUGACAGCCUGGAAGCAUCGGGAGACUCUGAAGAGGGCACUGACUUUAGCUUCACAGAUGAUGAAGACUAUGACAACUAUGACUUCUCUGGAUCUGGCGAUGAAGCAACACCUGAGCUUCCUUCUGCAGAGUCACGGCCUUCAGUGAGGCCCGACAUAAAUGACAAUAAGAUCCCUGAGCCUAAACUGCCAGUGCUCCCCACCGUCAAUGAGGUUGAUGUGAUCAGGGAGAGCAAUGAAAUCCCCGGUUUAAGGAGUAAUUUCAACUCCUUAGAGGACCCGUCCGAUGUGAAGAUGUCCCACGCUGGAGAGGACAGCAUCUUCAACAAGACAGAAGUUCUUGCAGCUCUGAUUGCGGGUGGUGCCGUCAGUCUGUUGUUCGCCAUCCUCCUCAUCCUCCUUCUAAUCUACCGCAUGAAGAAAAAGGAUGAAGGUAGCUACGAUUUGGGGAAGAAACCAAUCUACAAAAAAGCCCCCACCACAGAGAUCUAUGCAUAGAUGCUGACGCGCAAACCCCGCCCCUCCCUCUCUGAGCCCUCUUCACACAUGCACCCCCGUUCCCAUCAGGCCAACGUCCGGCCUCACAGUGCCUCAACAUCAUUGUACCUGCACCUCCUCAGUAAGUGAAGUUUGACGGAUCAGAAGUGACUGACUCCUCCCACAUGACACGUUUCUGGAGCGGAAGGAGACUUUUUCCGACUGCGGUACGCCAAUAUCGCCUCUUUUAUGAUGUCUAGUUUUGUAUUUCCAUGUUGAGAGGAAAAAACAACAGAAGAGACAUUUCCUCCUCCUGCAGUGAAACAUUAAUGUUUUAAUUUAUUCUUUUCUGGUCUUCCUCUGAACCUUUUGCAAUAUUGUACUUUUCUACAUCUGUUUUUUUUUUUUUUUUUACAUGUUCCACAGUGAGACGGUUGAUCAGGUUCUGCAGCAGCUUCAUGCUUUUAGUUUUGUGCUCUUCCUAGAAGUUGGUUUAGGAAAGGCCCACAGUUUCUGCAAAUAAUGCAGCAGACCUCCUGAAAAAGAACCCAUGAGCCCGCUGCCAUGUUUUUGUCCUCCCGGUGCGGGCAGAGUCCGUCAGUCUGGCACGCCGCGGCGGAUAAGGUCAGCUCAGCUAAUCAGGAGAUGGAGGUUUCUGACCCGGGUCACAAAAACAUGCAGCAAGUCUCCACUCUGAAGGCGGCCAGACAUUUGGUCUGCAGCCAUCAGUGAUCCGUUUGGCAUUCUGCUGGUGUGAUGGCAACAAACUGCAGAUUUAAAGGAGCGUUUUAGGAAAUGCGUCGACUGCAGGGAUGCAAUUUAGAGCGGAGAGCAGCAGGCUCUCCAAACGCUAGGCUGGAGACUUGUUUUUUUUUUUUCAACUCCAAUUCAGAAAAAGAUACCAAAACUUCAGGCUUGGAUGAGCAAAAAUGAACUGUAUGGUAUGUUUCCUCUGCUGCUGUCUGAAAAUUAGCAGUUUGUAAAAACAAACAAAAUUAAGAGCUCAAGCUGCAUCAUGUUUCACAAUGAAUCGUUCAUGAAUGAGGUGUGCAACGGCCCACGCUGCUGGCCUUUACGGUGCCGUGGGGAGUUUCUGCAGGACUUUUCUGUUGUUUUUUGUUUUUCUUGCCCUCCUCAAUAAGCUACACCAUCCGUUUCUUCCAUCAGUUAAGGAUUAGCGCCCUGAGCUAGUUUGAUGUUCAGAGCAGCACAGCGGUCUGUAAAUAGUCGUUUUAAAAAAAAAAAGUCGGUACAGCGCCACCGCCUGGCUACAGAAAUGCCAAAUAUUUAAAUGCCAAACGCAAGGUUGUCAUGACUCACUGUAAAUGUAAGGCUUCAUUGUAGCAAUGCUAGAACAAACUUUAAUUCUGUCCAUGAUCUCAGAUGUUUUUAUUCCUCUUACCCCCACCCACCCCCACCCGGUUUUGUAUUAAUUUAACUUUCAAAUUAUUUUAUUGCCGUCUUUCAGGUUCGGGUGUUUUGCCCUUUUUUAAGCUGUUGUAUAUGUGAUUUUUAAAGUUUUAUAUACACUAGUUUGAGAUGUUCAGAGAAAAAAUAGUUUUUGGAUUUUUUUCAAUGAUGGUAGUUUUUUUGUUUUAUUUAUGUUUUCUUGUAGAAGGACUGAUUAUGGGCUGGUGUUGAUCUUGUGCGAUAACGGCACCAGACCUGGGGCUGAUCUCUGCUUUUGUCAAAAAACAAACAGGUGUGACGUGAUGUUGUUACACCCGUUUUGGGCCUGAAAAACGAUGCAUUAGUGAGACUUUAGACGGUGAGAUGGAGGAAGAGCCUAGUCAGCCCCAGGUCUGCUGCUGAACAUGACGUUGUUCUGCUGCUGAAUGUCAAAUACCACAUGGAAUGGAGAAGCCAAUGAAUCAUUGUCUUCUGCAUACAAGUUUUGAUUUGAGAUUGAAAAUAAAGCUAUUUUUAUGUAUAGUAUGUGUAUAAUAUCCAUAUUUGUUCUGCUUUCUUCUCACCUUCUGAACAUUUCAUCUCAUCAGAAAAAUAAAAGCUUUAAACUAAA